AUGAAAGAGUCUGACACAAAAACAAGUGAAUUAGAGCAACAAUUAGAAAAAGAGCCAAAAAAUGCCAAUAAUGAUAACGAUAACGAUAAUGAUGAAGCAUUGAAUAACAAAGGACCGAACCAAAGAACUUCAAAAAGUAGAACAAAACAAGAAAAGGCAAGCUUGGAAGCAUCGAUGGAGGCUCGUGCCAAGUCAUUUCAAAAUACGCUUGCAAAACUACAAAUAAAUCAAAACAACACUAUUUCUGCUGCAACUCUUACCACUGAUGCUGCUAUUGAUUUACAAAAAUCAAUAUUAAAUUCUGAAGAUCCAAUAUUGUUAAAGAAAGAAUUGGAGAAAGCGUUUGAAAUUGUUCGUCAACAAGAACUAGAAAUUAAAAAAUUAAAAUUCGAAUUGGAAAUGGUACAAGGUCACAUUAAUAUUUUAAGACAUGACAAUCAAAUGCUUAGACAAAAGACUGUCAACAUGCAUGCAUCAGCCGAGCAAGAAGAAGAGUUUAUAUCAAAUAAAUUAUUGAAACGUAUAUCUAAUCUCAAGAAAGAGAAAGGCGAAUUACUUUUACAAGUUGAACAAGAAGAAGAAUAUUUAACCAAUACUUUACAGAAAAAAUUAAAUCAGUUGCAAAAAGAAAAAAUUGAUAUGGAAAACGCUUUUGAACAAGAACAAGACCCUCAUUAUUCCCGUGAAAAUAGUAAUUCUUCAAUUUCUAGUAACAGUUCUAGUACAAGCAACACUUCUGCAAUCACUAACACUAUUCAUCAAUUACCGCAAUCUUCUCCUUUAACAUCUUCUAUUCACAAAAAAUGGAUUUCUUCUUCUCCAGAAUACAAUAAUAAUACUCUCGGAUUAACCGAUGUUUUAAAACUUGAAAUUAACAGCUUGAGAUCUAAAAUAGCUGAUAUGGAAAAAGAAUAUAUUUCUAAAUCAAGUCAGGCAACUCGUUUCAAAAAUGAAUUGAUUGAACUAAGGAAAAAAUCAGGAUUGCAAGUAGACGAUUUAUUAUCAGAGGAAACCUCUACUAUCUUUAGACCUAAUAACAAUCAUCAAAAGGCUACACGACGGACUUCAAGUGUUUCAAUUUCUGGUACUAGUAAUAGUAGUGGCAGUAAUAGCAACAAUCCUAAUCCUACUUAUAACACAAUAUCAGUUCGUAAUCGUUCUGUAUCUACCAGUGAUAUCAAAACUAAUAGUGCUAUUCUUUCGGCGAAUUCUCCAUGUCAUGAUCGAUACAGUUGGACACAGAUUGGCUACACUUUUCAUGAGGCCGAAGGUGUCCAUGUUUUGCGUUUAUUGAUGAAUUGUAUUAUGGAUGUCUUGUAUGUACGAUAUUUAACACAAAAUCUUCCUGUAAUUUCUUUGAAAGCUACUUACCAGUAUCAAGUCGUCACUGAUUUCCUGUUAGUUGAGAAGCGGACACAAUUUUCAAAUCCUUGCACAAAUUCUCGUUCUUCAAAUAGAAG